UUCUUCGUUUUCAUCCUAAACUUUAGGACAGUCUCGGUGCUUUUGCAGUCACUCGCAAUAGGCAAAUUCUUUUGGUAUACCACAGUCAACCAGAAUUCCCGACUAAGAUAAUGAAAUACGAUAGGCAAAUGUUCAAUUGAGUAUUCUUUGAUUGCGAAAGUGCUAGACGAAGCAGUAAACUGCACUGUGCAAAAGUGUUUGUGUGUGAGUGUUUGCAAUAGUAUCAUAACACGGGUGAAGAUUUGACCAAAUUUGGUGCGACAACAGGGGCACAUAUCUGUGAAAACCCGACCCAAGUGUCACUCUGCCACAGAAAUUCGCGUACUCGUUUUGUGUUGUGUAAAAGCGCGAUAAUUUCACACCCGACAAACCGCAUCGAGAAGCUGCUUUACUUACUGAUUGCGGUAAUUUGUUGCAAGCAAAUUGCUACGGCAGUUCAUUAAUAAACUUGCGGAACCACUGUUCCCACCACGUCUCCUCCUGCAUGAAGGCGAUCACCGUUCCCGGUGGGCAUACAACGAAUCAACUGCAUCCGAACGCAGCGGCAGGACGUUAUUAGAUCUCGGAACUUCUGCUGGAGCUAUCAACAUCGCAUCAACUUUUCUUCGAUCUGUUCUCACAUUGAACCAACUUUAGCCAAUAAAGGAAUAUUAAAAGGUGCACCUGAGAAAGGGUCAUGAUGUUCUUCGAGGAUCUCACAUAAACUAUCGGUAAACUUUUUCAACGAGAUGCAUGCAUUUCGCGUUCGACCUGGGGUACUAGUGUCCCCAUAAAGAGCGCAUUUGCUACUGGCUGGCCCUGUGUCGAGCUGUGGAAUAGUGAGUGACUUAAGCUAAUAGAAAUUGUUUCGAUUUUGUCCGUUGCAUUGAAGAUAAUACAAAAACACGUCAUUUAACUAUCAACUGGCAGAAGUGAAGAUACAGUAAACUAUCUAGUCACAUCUAAAGCAUUCAUAAUGAAUAGCAAAUGACCCAAAGGCUCACAAUAUCCUUGGAAAACAUCUCUCAAAUUAAAUUGUAAUAGUCUGAAGCAUAAUUGUUUGCUUAACAUAAUUCAAGUGAUAUGUAUCAAAUUAUCAGUUUUCGUAGCAUGUUAAAUUAAAGCCUGCACACAAUAUUAAAGAAGACAGAGUCUACUCCUCAUGCCAUAGUACUUCAAAGCUAAGCAACUGAAUCGAACAAAUAGAAAAUGUGUUCCGUGAUGGUUUGAAAGAGCCGGCGUCUACAUUUGCCUCGUAAGAAGAUCCUGAGAAUCAAACAGUUAGUCCACAGUAGUGUAUUGGUGCGCCAGAAAAUCGAACGUUAUCGUGCAAACGCGUAGAGCCUUCUUGCUUUAUUAUCAUUGAGCUUCAACAACAGCCAAGCUACGAUACGGUGAAGAUAGACGACAGAUAGGCAGAUUGCCAGCAAGAGGCGCGAACCUGUGCUACGCAUACACGGGUCCCGUACGUGAGUCUACGACGGAGGACUGGAGCAGCAGUAGUUGUUAUGAAGUGUACCUAUGCUGUUAAUGAAGCGAAUGUGGUUCUGCUAGGAGCAAAUUAUAUGUUCAGGUUCGCAAAGCCGGUGACCGGUGAACAAUAAGCGGUGCGUGAUUCAUAUGUGAUUUUAAGUGCGACGGGCAAUAAAGUCACCGCAACUGUGUAGGAUCAAGAGUUAGCAAAAGUGUAAACUGGCGAGCAGCAUUGUAGCAGUGAAAAACGAUUAACUUUUCAUCAUGCCAGUGAAUGCUAUCGGCACCGAACAGCUGAGUGGAAUCGAGGAAGAAUCUGACAUCUACGAAGCAUUUGCACCACAUGUCGAUACGACGAAUAUUUCGGUGCUCACCGAUACACCGCCUGGAAAAAAGCCGAACUUGAAGUCGUUCCAAGACGUGCAGUCACUCAUACAGCAGGGGAAAAAGCGAGAGGCAAAGAUAGUGUUAAGAGAAAAUUCAUGGCCCACCAAUUCACCGAUUCGUUCGCAGUUAUGGCCCGCGUUGUGUGCCCAACAUCACGUUGGCAAAACGAUGCUGGACGGAUUCUACUGGGAUAUGGUGAAUCAGGUUUUUGGUACAACAGAACUGCCCGAGAAACCUAUAAUGCUCCCUCCUUUCGUCGAUUCAACGCACUGUCUGCCCUAUCACCUAACGCGGAAGGGUCGAGCGGUGGCUGACCGCGUAGUUAGUGUGCUUGGUUAUGCCUGUCCAGAUAUCACCUACAGCCCUACGCUUUACCCUAUUACUUCCAUUUUGUUACACUUUAUGUCCGAGGAAGAAAGCUACCACUGUAUGGCAAGCCUUGUGGCUCCCAAAGAGAAAGUUUUUAUUACUCAAACGAAGUUACUUUACGAAGUCACCUGGAAGACUGUGAUGCAAAUUGCCAAAAAACAUGCGAAAUCUGCUGUUAAUUAUCUAUCCACAAUGUGCAACGGACAGAAGCCGGAAUCAAUCUUCAUGGAUUGGUGCUGGUGGAUACUAGGUGGCUUACCUUUUCCGCAUCUGGUACGGGUGAUGGAUUGCUUUUUCCAUGAGGGAAUCAAGGUGUUCUACCGUGUGUCGUUGGCGAUAUUGAUACUUUUCCACAAACACGUUACCGCCAGUAAUUCUGAUUGGGACGCUGAUGCGAUAAAAAAUGACAUCGAUAAUGCCCUUCCAAAGUUCUGUAAAAACAUACCAGUCUCGCCAGCGAAGCUACUACGGACGGCUUUUAGUAUAAGAGCGCUAAGUUCAACCUAUAUAUCUAGGGUAUUUUUGAAGACUGAAAUGCUACUCAAAAGUAAGUCAGUACUAAGCGGGCCGAAGCAAAUGGUAAGAUCACGUUCUAGCGAUAAUUUACCAACGAGUCAAUCCCAGAUCAACGUACAAAUGAUGUCUCACACCCUUACAAUUCGGGAGGGUGCUCAUUCUCCUGACGUACGAGUGUUGUCUAUGGGAGUGUUUCCAAUUCAAGCAAUAAAAAGCAAAAUUUGUGAUCAGGACGCACUGUUUACGCUCUGGUCCUGGCUGCCAGUAAGAAUAACAAUGUAUCAGCCCGAGUUAUUAUACACCACUGAAGAACACGGAUGUUCUUUGACAACGUUUUACGUUCGGGUGGAACAACAUGAACCAACACUGCUAAUGAUUAAAACGUGUAACAACGAAGUGUUCGGUGCUUACUGUUCGUCUCGAUGGUUUGAGCGUAAUUUAAAAGAUGACCGUGGACAACGUCAGGCUUACUUUGGAACGGGAGAAACGUUCCUUUUUUCCCUUUACCCCGAGCGCGCCAAAUAUCCUUGGGUUGGGAUUGAGGGCGAUACAGGAUUGGGUCAUGCAUCAGAACUCUUUAUGGCUGCCGAUUCAAAGAUGAUUACUAUCGGUGGCGGAGAGGGACAGGCUAUCUGGAUGGAUGAAAACAUACGCUUUGGCAAAACCGAUCGCUGCCAAACAUUCAACAACCCACCGCUUUGCGCCUCUGGCGAUUUUGAGAUACGAGUGCUGGAGGUGUACGGUUUUGUAGGGGCGUAAACACUCUCUUAAGAUGUGUAUCUUGAUGGAACGUGCGUUUAAUUCACAUUCAAAAAUCCGUAUUAGUUUAGCCCGUAUGUGAAGCUGAAACCAAAACUCGAUUUGCUGGUAGAUCUCGUUGAUUUCAUCAUUGUGUUCUUUGACUCUCAUGGAAUGUGAGCAAAAUAUAGAAGUAACCUUUUGGCAAAUUUCAGCAUAUGGAUAAUCAAACCGCAGUCAUGCACGAAACGUACGCAUUGUUAUCUAUCAUUUUGCCAUUUUCAUACAAUACUCGGAAUAUUUGCAAAACAUCUAGAUUGCAUCAAUUAACUUCAAGUCGUUUCAUACCUUGUAUUUCAUCCUCAGCGUUAUGUUUUGGUAGGACAGUGGCAAUGGCGAACAAAUAUAAGCGUAAUGUAUUAUUA